AAAUCCCGCAAAAUAAACGGUUAAAGAUCUCGCGGUACACUCUGUAUCUUAAUUAUUAAGAUUCACGUCGCUGGACACAACACCUACUAUAUUUGUGGUUGUUUGUUUCGUGAAGCUUCUCUCUUCUUCUCUUUUUCAAGUCAUCAAAUCUGAUCUAAUCUCCGUAAAUUAAUGGCGAGUAGUUGCGAGCUUUGCUGCGAGAUCUUCAUCGCAAUUCUUCUUCCUCCUGUCGGAGUUUGUCUCAGGCAUGGCUGUUGCACUGUUGAGUUCUUCAUUUGUUUGAUACUGACUUGCUUAGGCUACUUACCAGGAAUAAUAUACGCAAUUUACGCAAUUUGUUUCUUGCACCGCGAUGAGUAUUUUGAUGAAUACAGACGCCCAAUCUACUAUGUUGCUUGACCUCUUGAUUGAUUCUUGCUCUUGAGCACACAUAUUGUACUUUAAAGUGUAAUUUACUUGUAUCCUGGAGAUAAUAAUACCAUUUUUUUUUAAGACACAGGUAUUGUGGUUUAUUUUACUAUAUACUUUGAUGAAUGAUGAAUGCAUAAUGCCCAAUUACUAUUUGCCUAUGGAGCCCUCAUAUUAAAGGUCAGUAUCUAUCGCGCUAUGAUACAGCUAAAGAAAUUAGCUCAGCAGUCACUGAAGUGGAAGAGGAAAAAGAAAACACUGUUUUUUCUCUGAACAGUGAAGAAGACAAAGACACUUGGUGAAGAAACAGAGACUGACAGUGAUUCUGAAUUCAAGAUGACUAAGACGACAAUACCAAAAACAGGAAGAAAAGUUUAAAACCAUUGUUAGCUAUUGCAUCACUUGAAGACUUCACACUUCUUUUCUCUUCUUUCCUGUUUUGCUUUGCUAAGUUGUUUCCAGGAAAGAAGAAAGAAGAAGUUGUGGAGUCUUUUGAUGAAGAUAGUGACAGUGAUUACUAUAUUUACCCUAGUCCAUUCGAUAUUGAAGAGAAUUCCAACAGUGAGGAAUACAAUCAAAUCUUCAUUGUUAUAUGUUACCCUAGUCCUAAUACAUACUAUAUUUAUAUAAU